GGGAGGGGCGGGCACAGCCUACAGUUCCGCUGACCCGGGUUGGGCUCAGAAGACUGCGCGGCGAUUAAGGUUGCUCCAGUUUCCGGCGCCGCGAAACGGAGAAGGGCUGGAACUGAAGCUUUUCUAGGUGCUCGGGUUGCGUUAACCGGGAGGCGAGCAAGAUGGAGGAGAAUGGUUUGGCGGUAAAUGGUGGGGACCGUCUCCGGGUGCGGCGAGGCUUGGGUGAAGCUGGGAGGGCGCAGCACAAUCCCAUGGUGCAGCCUUCGUCCGGGACAAACGGGCUUCCGAAAACCUCAUACUGGUUAGACCUUUGGAUUUUCAUCCUCCUCGACCUGCUGUUGUUUUUCUUCGUGUAUUUUUUGCCCUGAAUGGUUUACCUGAUAUCUAAAUAAAGAAGUUGUUUUCUGAAGUGGAUUCUGAAAAUGAUUACAAACCUUUUGAAUAAAGAAGACAGGAUUGUGAAGCAGAAGAAUUUCAAAUCAAGGGACCUUUUUAUUUUACACAUUCUGUUACUUAUUUGGGGGACUAUAUAAAAUGGGUAGUGCUCUCAUCCAUUCAUAGCUAAGUUCUUAAAUCUAAACUCAUUCGUUCGUGUUUAAAAACUUUUUUUCAAAUAUCUGAUGGCUCUACAGGGGCUGAAUAUGAAAUUAUUUGUACUUAAUGGUUUAAUGUAUUCAUUAAUAAAUAGUAAUGCCUUUAACAUUUUAAGCUUUGGUCAUGGUUUAAUAUGUAAAUAAUAUGGUAAAAUAAUAAGUUGAGGUAGUUACUAAGUUCAAAAAUAAAUUACUGAAAAGCAAGGGAAGGAUUUUGAGAUAAAGAACCAAGUGUUUUUAAGUUGCAUAAAAAGGCCAUAAUAAUACAAAAGCAUUACAGAACAUGCAGACCCACAAAGUAUUGGCUGUAAAUUUCCAGUUUAAUUUUUAGACUGAGACUCUUAUGAAAUAUAUGCUAUGGUUGAUGGAUUCAUAAAAUUUUAGAGAAAGUAGAUAAUAGCCAGUAUGGGAAAGCUAGCACAUAUAUUCUUUGAAACUCUUGAGCUUCCUAAAAUAGUAUUGUGUGUUAUAUGAACUUUUUAUGUUGCUUGCUAAUAAUUUUGUCUAAUAAAGGUUUACUUGUAUAGUUGAA